CAAUACUUGACAAUGGCUGGGGAAAUGUCUAUGAUCGGAUCGGUCAUUCUGGCUCUUUUUCUAGCUGGCUAUUUGGGCCAACAUUAUCUGCCUCCACCGAAACCAAAGGUAAUCGGCCUAGAUCUGGGGACCACUUUCUGCUCGGUGGGAGUAUUCCACCCGGGUACCGGGGAUGUGGAGGUGAUAGGGGAUGAGGAGGGGCGGAAGAGCAUUCCUAGUACGGUGUCGUUCACCCUUACCGAAGUUCUCGCCGGUUACGAGGGUCAGAAUCUGGCCGACAAUGAUCCUCAAAACACCAUCUAUGAUGCCAAGCGGUUUAUUGGAAAAAUAUUCGAACAAGAGCUCCUCGAGCAGGAAAGUGCUCGCUAUCCAUUCAAGGUGAUAAAUAAGAAUGGCAGUGCAGAGUUCUUGGUCACCACCAACCAGACGUUCACAGUUACUCCCGAGUUCAUUGGUUCUCGGCUGCUGCUGAAGAUGAGGAAGAUGGCGGAGCAUCACCUGGGUGUCCCCAUCAAAAGGGCUGUUAUCUCUGUCCCUGCUGAGUUUGAUGAUAGACAGAGGAACUAUACCAUCAGGGCUGCCAACCUGGCCGGACUGGACAUCUUGCGUGUGAUCAACGAGCCCACGGCUGCAGCAAUGGCGUACGGGUUACACAAGGUGGACGUGUUCAACGUGCUGGUGGUAGACCUGGGAGGAGGAACGCUGGACGUCUCUCUGCUCAAUAAACAAGGGGGCAUGUUCCUCACCAGAGCCAUGGCAGGUAACAACAAGCUGGGAGGGCAGGACUUCAGCCAGAGGCUGCUCCAGUACACCAUGGAGAGGGUCCGCCAGCAGUACGGCGUUCCCCCCACCCUCAAAGAGGACAUCCACCGCCUCCGCCAGGCUGUGGAGAUUGCCAAACUCAACCUAACCCUGCAGCCCAGUGCCCACCUCAGGGUACGCCUGCACCUGGAGCCCCAAGGGGACCCCAAGAAACCACCACAGGGGCCCGCCAAGGACCCAAUCCCAGUCAUCUUCCAAGCAGUCAUCACCCGUGAGCUGUUUGAAGAGUUGAACAGCGACCUCUUUCAGAAGGUUCUGGCACCUGUAGAGACAGUGCUGGCCGAGGGCCACCUGGGGAAGGAGGAGGUGGAUGAGAUAGUUCUGGUGGGAGGCUCCACCCGCAUCCCUAGGAUCAGGAAGCUGAUCAGUGAGUACUUUGGGAAGGAGCCCAACACCUCGGUGGACCCAGACUUGGCAGUGGUGACCGGGGUGGCCAUCCAGGCUGGCAUCAUGGGGGGCUCCUGGCCCCUACAGGUCAGCGCUAUAGAGAUCCCCAACAGACACAUCCGCAAGACCAACUUCAAUUGAUCUAGUCUAGAGAGGUGGCAAGGGGCAUAAGGAUGCCACCAGACAGAGACUUGCCAUAUUUAAGGAUGGUCUGCAUUUUAACUGUUAAUUGUCCUUCUCCAUGUGUGCAGUACUCUUGAGGUUAAAAUAUGAUCUUCUUCAGCUCUAAUAAUAGAUACUGGGAUAUAUUCUCACAAAGAAGCUCAAAUUACACCAUCACUUGUUUACGGCUGGCCUAAUUUAUUGGACCAACUGUGGUAGAUUGAAAUGGUAUUCAAUUCAGGGAACGACCUUUUUCUACAGAACUGUGACCAGCCAAUACACCGUCAGCUAUUUAUUUAUUUAUUUCUAGUGAAUGUCUGCAUGUGUGCGAGCGUGUUUGUACUGCAUGGGGGUGGGUGGGUACAGCACAUUAGGAGUAUUUGUUUUUCAGUGGAUGACAACACUCUUCUGCCUUUUCAGAGAGCUGCUGUGGUUGUGUGGAGCUGUACUGUUAGGUUCUGUGCUUUUAAGUCACCUGAUAUGAAGAACUACCAGUCCUAUUGACUAGGGCAGUAUUCUAUUAAAGUUUUGGACCAAAUAUUUUUGCACAUAUUGUUACUAGCGUUACAUUCAAGCAGUAGCCUAUGUUCAGCUUUGCGAGAUGUCGGUUUUGUAUUGGAUAACUGAUGAAUUGUCAAAAUAAGGGGCAUAAAUAUUGCACUUUGAAAAUGAUACUUGUUAGCCAGCAUCAUCAUUCUGGUGCAAUUGCAUUAUAAGAAUCAGAGUACACGGUCUGACAUUUAGUACUUCUAUAUUUUACAUUUUAGUCAUUUAGCAGACACUCUGGAUAAGAGUGAUUUACAGGAGCAAUUAGGAUUAAGCACCUUGCUCAAGGGCACGUCGACAAUUUUCACCUUGUCGGCUUGGGGAUUCAAACCAGGGCCCUUUGGUUACUGGCCCAACGCUCUUAACCACUAAGCUACCUGUAUAUAGAAGUACUUAUUUAAGUGCCAUAAAAAGACCCAAGGCGCCUGUUAGAUGUGUUACCGUGUGCCACAAGACCGCUGGUUGUAAAGUAAUGGUAGUGGCUGUGUUACCGUGUGCCACAAGACCGCUGGUUGUAAAGUAAUGGUAGUGGCUGUGUUACCGUGUGCCACAAGACCGCUGGUUGUAGAGUAAUGCUAGUGGCUGUGUUACCGUGUGCCACAAGACCGCUGGUUGUAGAGUAAUGCUAGUGGCUGUGAGAGCCCCUGGCAUUGGAGAACAAACAUGUUGCUUGAUCAUUUACUAUCAUUAGUCAAUUCUAAUUAUCUCAUGUAUGAAAUGUACAUUCCAAAAUACCAGUGUAGUCAGGGCUGAUGCAGCAGACAAAUGUAAAUACUGUAUACCUUUACCUUUUUGAAUGCAUUCCUUGUUGAACGUGCCUCAGAUAAUGUACUAAUUUCAGUUCUCUGAAGCGAUAUGCUAUAGGAAUUUAUGAGUAUGUAAUUUAAGAUAUUUUUGUACUGCACGUUUUGCUUAUAUUCUUCAAAGCACCCCUCUCAUAUGGCCGCAUCAGAUAUCUGCUUGAACUACAUGCUGCUUUUCAACAAAAAAAAUUCAGAAUUUCCCUAAAUACCAUUAUUGAAUUUCUGUAGUGAAAAUUGUAUUUUCUUCAUUACAAACAAAUCCAUUCAAACAGAGAUUGCCACUGAGGUAAGGGGAAAAAUCAACAUUCAGAUGCGGUCCUCAUUUCAUGACAGACUGACUUUCUAGUGCAGGUGGAAGUUAAAUAAAAAUAACAUUUGUGAUAAUGUUCCCAGCACAUCGAGUGUUAAAAUCUUGCAAAAUCCAUUUACAAUUAUCACUAGCUUCUUCAGCAAUGUGGUAACAUCAUAGUUUAUUUAACUAGGCAAGUCAGUUAAGAACAUUAUUUACAAUGACAGCCUAGGAACAGUGGGUUAACUGCCUUGUUCAGGGGCAGAAUGACAGAUUUUACCUUGUCAGCUCUGGGAUUCGAUCUAGCAACUUUUUGGUUACUGGCCCAACACUCAAACCACUAGGCUACCUGCCACCUCAAUCCAUAAUUGAGGGAAAAAAAUAUCAGUAUAACAGAGAUCCACAAUGGUGUUAGUUACUGGCAUGGGCCAGUAAUAUAACACAGUGCCUUCAGAAAAUAUUCCACGUUGUGUUACAGCCUGGAUUAAAUAGUGUGGCAGACCAGGGGGUUUGGUCAAGACCUUUACCCAUAUCAGACAGAGAAGGAUUAGAUGAAAAAGGAUAGGUCUCCCCUAUGAGACCCUCUCCGGGAUGCUGUCUUCCGGUAUUCCAGGUCUGGUACAAAACUGAACUCCCUCUUCUUACCUCUGCAACUGUCAACAAUACCACUGGAGUCCUUUCUUCCCCCCAUUCCUCCUGUGUGCUGCCCUUCUGGCAGCUUUAUGGGCCUUGCACAGCUGGUGAGCAAUCAGCCCCAAUUAGUCCUGGCACGUCCAUCAGAUGGAGACAUCGCCUCGACGAGUCUCCCCCUGGUGGCUGACCUGCUGUACGCCACAGAUUUUUACACACAAUACCCCAUGAAAAUGAAGACAUGUUUUUAGAAAUGUUUGCAAAUGAAAUACAUAAACCAAAUGUACUUGUUA